GUCCCCAAAUUUGGUUCCUAGCAUCCAGAAGAUUGGGUAGCAGUUGGAGACCAAGAGAAGUUGGGUGGCUAUGAAGCUGUUAAUAGUCAUAUUGAUUAUUAAAGUAUUAUUUAAAAUAUGUAUAAUUCUAUUAAGUAGAUGAACUGACACCACUUUUUUUCUUUCUAAGGAGUAAACACAGAUGUGAAGAGUAUCUUCACUAUGUAUUUUACCAUCAUGAUGUUGGCUUAUUCUGCCAGUUCCGUGGCACUGUUUAUAGGGGCAGGGGAGAAAACAGCAGCUAUAUCCACAGUACUUGUGGUCAUCUACUUUAUGCUCAUGCUGUUUAUCUCAGGUCUAUCACUAUUUUACACGAACUUCUUGCAGAACAUCUCAUGGAUGCAGUACGUCAGCAUUCCUCAUUAUGGAUUUACAGCUUUGCAGCACAGUGAGUUCCUGGGACAAAGCUUCUGUACAGAACAUAACACAGCAGAAGUCAGUAGAUGUCAUAGCUAUGUAAUAUGUACUGGUGAAGAAUUCUUGAUAAUCCAGGGCAUUGAUCUCUCAUCAUGGGGAUUCUGGAAGAAUCACGCGGCCUUAUCUUGUAUAAUGAUUAUCUUCUUAUCACUUACCUAUGUGCAAUUAUUAUCUCUUAAGAAAAAGAGACAUUUUGAAAUCUCUCUUCCACUUUCUUUGAACUAAUCUGAUAUUUAAAAAAGUCAAAACUUUUCUGGUGGCCAUGUCAGUGGAGCAUCAGGGAGCACCUGAGUUCAGGAGUUUGGCCCACCAGGAUAUAAGGCACUGAUGGGUGAAUUUUGGAUAGAAAAGAACUUGGGCUCCAGCAUGAAUCUUGCUACUGCUGUGCCUUUGCAUCUGACUCUGGUAUCUGGCAUGGUGUGA